AAAGGCAAAUCAAAGCAAGCGUCAGUUUGACAUAGCACCGGAAGUCGAAAGCGGCAGCUCACAAAAAAUUAGCAUUGAACAGAGCAAGAGCCGGAUAGCAAGAGCCCCAAAAUAACCAGCAAGAGGGAUAAUCUAAUCCAAUCCAGUCACGAUGUCGGAUCGCAAGGCGGUGAUCAAGAACGCGGACAUGAGCGAGGAGAUGCAGCAGGACGCUGUCGACUGCGCCACCCAGGCCCUGGAGAAGUACAACAUCGAGAAGGACAUCGCCGCCUUCAUCAAGAAGGAGUUCGACAAGAAGUACAACCCCACCUGGCACUGCAUCGUGGGCCGCAACUUCGGAUCCUAUGUGACCCACGAGACGCGCCACUUCAUCUACUUCUACCUGGGCCAGGUGGCCAUUCUGCUCUUCAAGAGCGGUUAACCGAACCACGACGCCUGGGAUGCCUGGGACGCCCCAAUACCACGACGCCCACUGAAAUUUAAUCUAAAAGUGUAGCCGUGCUGUGGAAGUCCCGUGCAGAUUCCGGCCUCCAAAGUCGUUGAGCUUUUCCAUCCACUCUACGUAAUGCCAUUUGCAUGUUGGUCGUGUGACCGAUGGAGGGACGUAGGGGAAGGGGAUAAAUCCGAUGAUUGGUCAGAACUAAACAAUGCGCCAAAGAUUUUUUGUUUCACUGUACUCGAA